AUGUCCUACUACAACGACGCGUCGUGGAACACACCCGCUCCCGGCCGCCAGCAGUCAUGGGAGCAGCCCCAACCGCCCUCGCGCUCAGGUACCGGCCACAUGGGAUUCAACGGCGCAGGUGCAGCGAUUCACAUGGAUGUAGGCACAAGCUCCACGGUCAACAGCGAGGUCGCCAAUGCCUUUGCUUCGCAGUUUGAGGAGGUCGACCGCGCCAUUGAGAACCUCAGCAAGAGCGGCAAGCCCCUCGGCCCCGGCUUCCCUCCCACCCCCAUGGGCGCCAACCGCCGCGAGUCGAUGCCCAUGAUGGGAGGCGCGCCCCGCCCAUACCCCGACUUCGAGCAGCAGCGCAUGGGCGGCCCCCAGCGCCACCACUCGGUCAGCGAGUACGACGGCUCCCGCUCCCACUCGGCGACCAACGUCCAGGGCUUCUACCAGAACCAGCGCGGCUAUGCGCCCCGACCCAACGACGCAGACCAGAUGGCACAGGCGAAGCGACGGAUGGCGGCUCAGCGUGAGCGUGAGCUGCGCAACUAUCAUCAGGAGCAGCAAUACCACAGAAGCUCAGGCUCCAAGUCGGACCGCUCCAUGAGCCCCAAUGCCAUGAAUGAAGAUGAGCGCCGCGAACUCAUCGCUCGCCAGCACCGUGCUUUGUAUGGCGAGACCUCCACCCUGUACAACAGCAACCCCACCUCGAGCCAGGAUGUCCGCGUUCAGACUUCUGCUGCCGGCCGUGGCCCCUCUCCGCUCGCCUUUGACCCCUUCGGCAUGCAGGCCCAGUCCGGCGAGGGCUCCGUCCAGAUGCCUCCCCGCGACAAGGACGUUACUGGUGGUGCUCAGGAUGCUCGUGCCAACAGCACCUCUUCGCCGUCCGGUACUCAGAACCCCGCGUUCAACCUCUUCGAUGCGCAGCAGGCGAACCGCACUUCCAACUCGUCGCCCGGAGGCUCUCCUCCCGUGCCCGGUCAGAAGGCCAACGGCUCUGGUGUCGCCCCCAUUGGCACUCGUCCCCAGAACCAGAACCUGCAGCAGCCAGGUGGUGCCGCCCUGGGCAAGCGCGCAAACUCACCGCUGCCGUCGCCUCUCGGCUACAACUCGUACAACGCGAGCGAGCAGAACAACAUGACGACAUCUGCUUCUAUGAACCCUUCUUCUACUGUCACUGACAAGGGCGUUGGUAUUUGGAACAACGGACCCUGGAGCAACACCCCCACCCAGGGAGUCCAGGCGUCUGUUUGGGGUUAG